AUGAAGCUCGCUUCAUCCCCUUUCGGGCGCUUCUUGGCCCUUGCCUUUGCUUUCCUCUUCACGGUUGUUGCCGCUCUACCCAUUGACGAUGAAUCGUCUGCACCAGCCUCUCAAAGUCUCAGCCGCCGCAAUCUCCCCAAAGUUUCAGAGACCAAUAAGAAGGAGAUUAACGAAUAUCUUCGGGACGCAACUGUGCACUCAAAGGACUUUAUUCCCAGCGAUCGGUGGCCCACUGCUGUUUAUGAUAGCUUUGGCACUAAGCCAUUUUCGAUUGGCACUCCCAAAGUCGCUCUCACAGGCUGCCUAGCUGUGGUUGUUGUCGGCCCCGGCGGCGUCUGGAUGGGCCACAUGUGGGAGUGCCCCGGUUUUACUAAAAACCCACCAGAAGGAUGGGAUAAGAUCCACUUCCAGCCUGAAGUUAUCGACUUUCUCAAGAACGGCGUCGCUACAGUGGCAGAACCUGAGAAAGAGGACACCAAGCCACCUAAAGUGCCUAAGCUCAGCGACCUCAAGCACGAACUCGAUCAUGCAAACGUCUACUUUAUCGGAUUGUCUAAGGGCAUGAACGAGAACAGCUACUGGUACUCAGGAAAGAUGAAGAAAGUCCAGGAGACGAUUGCGGCGCUGAUUCCUAACCCCACAUUCAUCCACAAAUUUUACCCCCCUGGGGAUGGCUCCGUGGAUGUUCUGUUUGAGUAUGACGGGAAAUCGAAGAAGGCGAGGCUCAUGUACACCGACCAUAACGUGGUUUUUGAGAGGAAUGUUUAG